AUGAAUAAUGUACCUGACUCACUCUGGGUUGUCUUACAUGGAGAUAAGUACAAACUUCUCAUAGGCUGUGUUUAUCGAGCACCAAGCUCAACAAAAGAAACUGAUGCGUUAUUAGCUAAAUCGUUUGCACACGCAUCCUCGUUUAGUGCUAAUUACAAAAUAAUUGCAGGGGACUUCAAUCUUCCAGAAGUCAAUUGGCUAACUAGUUCCGGCCCCCAACGCUUCGACGAAUUACUUGCCACUAUAGACUGUUAUGGAUGGCAACAACACGUCCAGACACCUACUCGUGGUGACAACAUGUUGGACCUUGUUUUUUGUCAUGACACAAUCCCAGUAUCCACUUUUGUUGGUAAUAGAUUUUCCAGUAGUGACCAUAGAAUGGUACUCUGCUCUCUGCCUUUCUCACCACUAAAUACAGGAAACAAACAAGACUCAGGAAGCACAAUAUGUCGUAGUUACAAAUAUACAGACUGGGGAUUAGUCCAAGAACUUAUUCGACUCUGUCAAUGGGAUGACUAUUUUACCACUGACUCCCUGGAGGCCUUAGUAACCCUGUUUUACAGGAAUGUUACCCUUUGUCUAGAUACAGUUGCUCCAAAGAAAAUAGUGAAAUUAAGUAGACACCGAACUGAAUAUAUUCCAAGGGCACACCGUAAUAAGUUAAGGAAACUGAAGAAACAGUACUAUUCCACUAAGGACAUAUCACUAUUGCUCUCAAUCCACGAGUCUCUUGAAUCUCUCAAGCGCCUACGCUCUCAAAAGGACCUCGACGAAGAGUUAACGGCACUUGAAAGUACCUCCAAAGUUUAUAACUUAACGGCACUUCUUAAAAAACGAAUGCAGUCGGCGAGGGAAAUCCCAUACUUACUUCACGACAAAGUAAUCUACAAUGAACCUGCCACUAUCUGUGAACUCUUCAGUGAUUGGUUUGCAAACUUUAGUUUAGAAACACAUAUGCCUGGUGAAACCGCUCCCCUUACUAUCUCUUCCCUUGAAAGCAUUGUGUUCACUAAUCAGUUAAUAGUACAAGCAAUUAAAAGCCUUAAACCUUCCACUAGUACGGGACCGGAUGGCCUCGCUUCGAUAAUUUUCAAAAACAGUGGGUGUGAUAUACCCUUGUUACUUCUUAAAUUCUUCUCAAUAUCUAUGGACACUGGCACUUACCCUAGUGAGUGGAAAACUAGCUUCAUAAUUCCACAUUACAAAUCUGGUGAUAGGGCAAACGUCCGCAAUUACAGACCCAUAAAUAUAACCCCAGUUAUCUCACGAAUCAUGGAGAAAGUUGUAAAAGAUCAAUUGUCAGACUACCUAAUUAGGGAAGAUCUUGUUACAAGGUCUCAACACGGAUUUCUCAAAAAUAGAUCCUGCGUUACUUGCCACUUCGACUUUUUCAACUGCAUCACUAGUAGUCGCGAAGCACGUAAGCUAGUCGUUGUUCUCUACUUCGAUAUAUCUAGGGCAUUUGACAUGGUAUCUCACAGUAUUCUCUUUGAGAAGCUGUACUCUUGUGGAAUUCGCAACCCAUUACUGAACUGGUUAAAAUCAUUUCUAAGCAACAGGGUACAAAUAACCAAAGUUGGAUCUGUAUUGUCUCAUCCUAGGCAGAUCUCAAGUGGGGUCGUGCAAGGUAGUGUCCUAGGUCCACUUUUAUUCACAGUCUACAUUAACAGCAUUUGCAAGUGCUUCACCUCAGGUAAACCAUUCCUAUAUGCUGACGACCUCAAAGUCGUCUACUCCUGCUACACUCAUGAAUUAAGCGAUAUGGUUACUAAAAUACAUCUUGAACUAAGUAGUCUUGCAACAUGGUGUGCUGAAUCCUGUCUAAAUUUUAACAUUGACAAAUGCGGCUGGAUUUGUAUCGGCAACAGUAACCUUGAUCUAACUCUUGAAAUAAAUGGGCGAAAACUAGCUAAGCUCAACUCAGUCGUAGAUCUCGGUAUUAGAUACUCUAGUAACCUAACGUUCGCUGAACAGACUGAUUAUGCCAGACGUAAAACGCGAAGGCUGAUAGGAUGCAUAACACGCAAUUUCUUUUGUUGUGAAACUAGGGUUUUAUUAUACAAAGUAUGUGUCCGACCUAUCUUAGAAUACUGCCCGUUUAUUCUUAGCGGACUAAGACAAAAUGACAAGCUUAAAUUAGAGGGAGUGCAACGGCAGUUUACCUCAAGAACUCUUGGUUUAGAAAGUGGUCUGGAAUACCAUGAGCGAUGCGAAAGACUAAGAUUAGAACCCCUCUGGAAAAGACGCCUUAAGCUAAACCUUAUCUUUUACUAUAAGCUAACUAAUCUUCUCUUGCAUUCCUCCGAGCCAAUAACUAAACCUACCGCUGUCAUCAGUUACAAUCUUAGAAAUCAUCACAACCUAGCUGCUAUGGAGCACUGUCAGACUUACGUGCGGUACAACUUCUUCUUAAAUAAGUUUUCAGUCAUUUGGAAUAGACUACCAGCUAAUGUGCGCGAUGCAAACACACUUCCAGUGUUCAUCUCCUCAGUCACCAGACUGCUCAAAGAUGACAAUGCACUUUUGCGCCUGACUCUUACACCUUCUUUUUCACCCUACAUAGAUAUUUUAAGUUCUUUAAAC